AUGGGUUUUAGGAAUUGGAAGAAGAAAGAUAAAAUUAGGCAACAUGUUGGACCUGUUGGAAGUGUUCAUAAUCAAUCUAGACAAUAUUGUGUGGAUCUUAUGAAUCAAAAGCAACACAUCCGAACAGCUUUGAUAAAGCAAUCAGAGCAAGCUCGUAUUGAUUAUCGUAUUUGCUUGACAGCUUCUCUUGAUUGUGUGAGAUUUUUAUUGAGGCAAGGUCUUCUUUUUCGUGGGCAUGAUGAGAGUGACACUUCAAGCAACAAGGGGAAUUAUUUAGAGCUCUUACAGUUUCUUGCUGAUCAUGAUGAGAAAGUGAAGGCCGUUGUGUUAGAAAAUGCUCCCGGGAAUCUCAAGUUAAUAGCUCCAACAAUUCAAAAAGAUCUUGUGAAUGCUUGUGCCACUGAAACUAUUAAGAAAAUCAUCAAGGAUAUGGAUGGUGCAUUCUUCUCUUUAUUAGUUGAUGAAUCACGUGAUGUGUCAGUAAAAGAACAGAUGGCGGUGGUGUUUCGUUAUGUGGACAAAAGUGGGGAUGUAAUUGAGAGGUUUGUGGGCAUUCAACAUGUUAGGGAUACUACAUCAAACUCACUCAAGGAGGCUAUUGACAUAUUGUUUGCAAGAGAGGAAUUGAGCAUUUCCAUGCUAAGAGGACAAGGAUAUGAUGGAGCUAGUAAUAUGAAGGGUGAGUUCAAUGGUCUUAAAACACAGAUUUUGAGAGAAAAUCCUUGUGCCUAUUAUAUUCAUUGUUUUGCACAUCAACUUCAAUUAGCUCUUGUGGCCGUGACAAAGGGAAAUGCUGAUAUUGCCACUUUCUUCACAUCUUGCAAUAGCUUGGUUAAUAUUGUUGGAGCAUCGUGCAAGCGUCGUGACAUUCUUAGAGAUCAACUACAAAAGGAUGUUACGGAAGCUCUAGAAAAAGAUACUUUUCCAACAGGGCGAGGCUUAAAUCAAGAAACUUGUCUCAAGCGUCCUGGUGAUACACGUUGGAACUCACAUUAUGGUACAUUACUUAGUAUCAUUUCCAUGUUUAAAUCUGUGGUGAAAGUGCUCAAAUUUAUUAUUGAGGAUGGCUCCACUGAUAAUCUAGGUGAAGCAAAUAGGUCAUUGAGAGAAAUACAAUCUUUUGAGUUUGUAUUUCACCUAUUUUUCAUAAGAUCUAUAUUGGGAGCCACAAAUGACUUGUCACAAGCAUUAGAAAAAAAGACCAAGAUAUUAGAUGCAAUGACUUUAGACAAAGUUUGCAAGAACCAACUACAACACAUGAGAGAGAAUGCAUUUGAAGCCUUGCUUGAUCAAGUAUCUUCCUUUUGUGGCAAACAUGAUAUUGAGGUUCCAAACAUGGAUGAUGCAUAUGUAGCUCAAUGGAGAUCACAUCGGAGAGCUCCUAGAAUAACACAUCUCCAUCAUUAUCGUGUGGAUAUCUUUAUUCAAAUCAUUGAGUGGCAACUUGAGGAAUUAAAUCAUCGUUUCAGUGAGGUAAAUACUGAGUUACUUCUUUGUUUGGCAUGUUUGAGCCCGGAUUGUUCAUUCAUAGCUUUUGACAAACGAAAGCUACUUCAUUUUGCUGAAUUUUAUCCUCAAGAUUUUACUCCCUGA